UACUAUUUUUCACAGGAACUUGCCAUUUGUAUUGUCUCUUUCCUUAACUGGACAAUCUUAAACAGUUCAGACCAUUAGUUAUUUUUCCUGGUCUUCAUUUUUUUUUUUCUAUUAGUAGGAUUUCAAGUAUUUAAAGCUGAGAAUAUUGGUCACAGAGAUAUUGCCUUGUUAGGGUUCGGCAUUGUGCCCGAAUUUGUUGGGCCUCUCAGGGCCUGAGUUCUCUGUGCUCUAACAAAUGAGCUACAGUUCUCAAGAGAUCAGUGGAGCUUGUUUGUUGAUCCUGUAUUCUUAUUCCGAGGAAGUAGAUCUUUAAGAAUGUCUAAGGAAGGGGUAUUUGUGAACCGAAGUUUAGCCAUGGAAAAAAUAAAAUGUUUCGGUUUUGAUAUGGAUUACACCCUUGCUGUAUACAAGUCCCCGGAGUAUGAAUCCCUUGGCUUUGAGCUUACUGUGGAGAGAUUAGUUUCUAUUGGCUACCCCCAGGAGCUGCUCAGCUUUGCUUAUGAUUCUACAUUCCCUACCAGAGGACUUGUCUUUGACACAUUAUAUGGAAAUCUUUUGAAAGUCGAUGCCUAUGGAAACCUCUUGGUUUGUGCACAUGGAUUUAACUUCAUAAGAGGGCCAGAAACUAGAGAGCAGUAUCCAAAUAAAUUUAUUCAACGAGAUGACACUGAAAGAUUUUACAUUCUGAACACACUAUUCAAUCUACCAGAGACCUACCUGUUGGCCUGCCUAGUAGAUUUUUUUACUAAUUGUCCCAGAUAUACCAGCUGUGAGACAGGAUUUAAAGAUGGGGACCUCUUCAUGUCCUACCGGAGUAUGUUCCAAGAUGUAAGAGAUGCUGUUGACUGGGUUCAUUACAAGGGCUCCCUUAAGGAAAAGACAGUUGAAAAUCUUGAGAAGUAUGUAGUCAAAGAUGGAAAACUGCCUUUGCUUUUGAGCCGGAUGAAGGAAGUAGGGAAAGUAUUUCUUGCCACCAACAGUGACUAUAAAUAUACAGAUAAAAUUAUGACUUACCUGUUUGAUUUCCCACAUGGCCCCAAGCCUGGGAGCUCCCAUCGACCAUGGCAGUCCUACUUUGACCUGAUCUUGGUAGAUGCACGGAAACCACUCUUUUUUGGAGAAGGCACGGUAUUGCGUCAAGUAGAUACUAAAACUGGCAAACUGAAAAUUGGUACAUACACAGGCCCCCUACAGCAUGGCAUCGUCUACUCAGGAGGUUCAUCUGAUACAAUCUGUGAUUUGUUGGGAGCCAAGGGCAAAGAUAUUUUGUAUAUUGGAGAUCACAUUUUUGGAGACAUUUUAAAAUCAAAGAAACGGCAAGGGUGGCGAACUUUCUUGGUGAUUCCUGAACUUGCACAGGAGCUGCAUGUCUGGACUGACAAGAGUUCCCUUUUUGAAGAACUUCAGAGUUUGGAUAUUUUCUUGGCUGAACUCUACAAGCACCUUGACAGCAGUAGCAAUGAGCGCCCAGACAUUAGUUCCAUCCAGAGACGUAUAAAGAAAGUAACUCAUGACAUGGAUAUGUGCUAUGGGAUGAUGGGAAGCCUAUUUCGUAGUGGCUCCCGGCAGACACUCUUUGCCAGUCAAGUGAUGCGUUAUGCUGAUCUCUAUGCUGCAUCUUUCAUCAACCUGCUGUAUUACCCAUUCAGUUAUCUCUUCAGAGCUGCCCAUGUCCUGAUGCCUCAUGAGUCAACAGUGGAGCACACACACGUAGAUAUCAAUGAGAUGGAGUCCCCACUUGCCACCCGCAACCGAACAUCAGUGGAUUUUAAAGACACCGACUAUAAGCGACACCAGUUGACAAGGUCGAUUAGUGAGAUUAAACCCCCCAACCUCUUCCCACUGGCCCCCCAGGAAAUUACACACUGCCAUGAUGAAGAUGAUGAUGAAGAGGAGGAGGAGGAGGAGGAGGAGGAGGAAGAAUAAGGAGGAAAACCAAAACCCUGAACACCCAUUAAACAAGUUCUGGCAGGACCCACAGGAGCAAAGGAUGUUCUUGUUUGGGUUCUACUGGGGAGGAGGGUGGGGGUGCUCCAUCAGAGGUACGUCUGGAAAGUUUCUAAAGACUUUAAAAUAUUCUAAUCAUAGAGAGAUACUUGUUUUAGUUUUGUGUAUCUCUAUUCUUUGCAGAUGGCUCAGAAUUGUAAUGGAGUCUGUAUUGGAAGGAAGUAAGGGUAAAGUCAGGCUGAACUGCAUGCAGAUGGUUCCAUGUGGCUUGUGACACUGUUUGCUUGUCUUUUAUGAUCAGUAUGUCAUAGUGUAUCUGGAUACACUAAGGGUGAAGGGUUUCGAGUGUAACAAGGACCAGUGGGAAAACAUCCAAAAAUGCUGUAUUGUUUCAAAUUGUUCUAUUACUUUAAAAUCCAAUUUUUUCAGUGCAUUACACAGUAUUGUAUAUCAGUGGAGAAAUAUAUUGUUUCCAUUAUUGAGUGUAGUCUUCUGUUGAGGUCAAGUUUCCUUUCAUAAGCCUUUAAAGUGUCCUCAAUGACUGGCAAGGCUGCUGCUCUGUCAGUAACCUUGCAGAAGUAUUCUCUGUUUUAGGACCAGUCUGGAGUGGACUGCAGGGAUUCUAUUUUGACAUAUAAAAGUCCUAUUCUUUCUGCAUUUUUUUAGGUUGAUAGCAUAAAUACUUGUUAUCUAAAACCUUUUUCUCAUCUGUAGUAAAUCUAUAAAGGAAUUUAGAUGAAAUGACAAAGGAGCAAGCCCCCAGAAAAGAGGAGAAGAAACCUUCUUAUAUUAGAGAAUGGUUAAGUAAGAUGUAUCAGGACGGGCUGUAAUUGUGGCAUCUGCUACCCAGUUCCACAUUUCUCUAAGCUCUAGUGUUGAUUGUUAUAUUUUAAAGUUGAACAUUAGAGAAUGGGAAAAGGACUCUAAGCCAGAACCUUACUAAUGCAAAUAGCAAAAUCAGUGAGAAUAAAUUCAGAACUCUAAAUGAAAUUACUUCUUGUUUUGAGCAAGAAUGAAUUAUUGUAGACAUUAGGCUCUUAUUAAUGCCUCACUAGUACAGUGAAAGUUAUUCCAACAUUUUGAACAGUGAUAAUAGAUUCUUAACUAACUUUCAUAUAUUUUCUUCCAAUCUUACUGUCAUUGGUCUAUAGGGGAGAAUAGACUAGCUGAUCUAGAAUUCAAUAAAAUGCAAUGUUUCUGAAUAUUGA